UCAGCCGCGUCAAAGCGAGCAGAUGGAUACAACAAGGAGAUUACUCGUUGUCGUCGUUAUUGCACUGGUUGCAGUAAAGCUGCCCGUCGUUACCUCCGAUAUUAACCGGCUGUGUGAGCCAACUGGGCACGUGAAAUGUCGAUGCAACGGAUUUGGUGUUUACUCGUCGUUGUACAGAGCGAUGUGCAGUCAAGAAACGGGUAUUUGUAACUGUAACGCAACGCUUCACGUCGACGGUGCUCACUGCGACGUGUGCGAGGAAGGAUUUCUGAACGAGAACGGUGGGACCGUACCAGGAAAUGAUGGAUGCCCAUUGGCUCACAUGAAUGCCGUAACCUUCGAUGCUCUCUCCGAUCCUGAGCCUCUCGUCCAAGACGUAGGACUCGAUCCGAAUGGAGAGAGGAUCACAGCAACGACCAGAAGACUAAAACGUUUUGCUCUGGAUGCUCCGGUAGGCGUGGUGUCUAGCGACCAUGUCAGAGUGUCUGCAUCAUACCACAAUGUGUCUGUGAAAGGACUUCCAAAAAACACAGUUGCAGUGGUAUUACUCGACAUGUCAGCCGUCUCCAAUAAUUCUGAGAGCGAGUUCGAACUGUUCGGUCGUGUAUUUAAAGAGAAUAUCAAGGUAGAAGUGGAGCCCGAAAAGACAGGUGAAGAUGACGUCGUGUACCCGUACUUGUACGACUCUCGCACAAACUCUCUUGAAGCAAUGGGGCUUGCGGUAGGUGCCGAGAAUUCGACUACGAUUCAGUUUUUUACGACUUCUUUGUCACAAGUCGUGUUUGUUUCCGUUCCUCGCACGACACUUUCACGGUGGAUGAGAAGUCAUUCUAUUGACACAGGAUUUACACUUCAGCGCAACGGUUGGCCUUCGUCCACUACUUUUCUUUGGCCGACGUACAACGGAAUGGCAAUAUUUGCAAGGUGGUUCUUUGUUUCUAAAGAGAAGACACUGCAGAUUGCGAGCAAAGAAUGGUCGACCGACUUGCUUGACCGCAUGAUGACACUGCUGCAAGUGCGCUGCUCUGACCCACCACCUCAAUCGGAGUCAGUGUCCGAUCUAGAAACGUUUGAAGUUCUCAUCCAUGCUCUCUUUGUGUCUCACGCUCCGCAGCUUAUUUGGAUGGAGAAGUCCGACUAUUUUGGAGUUCUACCGGGUCAUGCCGUUCUCGUUUACAAAUACAGUAUGGGAGAGUUCUCAUUUUAUGACCCCCGCUUUGGAUCUGAGCAAACGCUGUCGUUUGACUUGUCUACAAAUAGGUUUGACCCUUACCAUAACGGCGGAUAUAACCGAUUUCGUGUCUACAGCCACACAGCUUUCCAACUAAGUGACACUGAUAUGGAAACGAUUUACAAUCAGGCGGUUAUCGCUUUCAACGAUUCUAAUGCUCCAGACAUUGUGGUCGAUCCGUUUGAUGCCAACAUAACGACCAACUCGAUUACAGUAUAUGGCAGAGUUGUUCCUAAGCCUGGUCAGCCAUUGCCUGCUGUUGUCUUUUCGUAUGUGUUUAGUAACGACUCUGAGAGACGAGCUAUUGCUCGUGGACGUGCUGACGUUGAUUCUGUGGGUCGUUUCAGGAAAGUUUUAGUAGAUAUAGUCAGUCAAUCGUCCAAGAUUGUAUUUGUAGCUGGCGGAUAUGUCUCAUCGACAAACGUUCCUAGGACAAGGCGUUCUGAUGUACCUUACAGGUCACCAGUAGCAAGCCUAUAUUAUCGUCAUGGCUUUUACCAAGAGCACAUAACCAGAACGGGAAAACCAAAUUUGCUCACUGUGGCGCUUACAUGGGACGACGGAGCGUCUGACAUUGACUUACACGUACUUGAACCAGGUGAAAGACACAUAUAUUACAGAAAUUUAGGAGGUUCUGGUACUCCAUUCUUGGAUUACGACAACACCGAAGGUUACGGUCCUGAGCAUUACAUCGUUGAUUCAGAUUUCCGACCAUCGCCAAGCGGAACAUUGGAAGGCACAUACAAAAUUCGGGUACAUUAUUAUAGUGAUAAAGGAGAUAUAAAUGGCAGAAGCAUUCGCUGGACACUUAGAAUACAAGGAACGACGCAAGAUAGCACUAAGGUGAUUAGAGGAGUUUUGCGAAACGAUAACUCCGAAAGCGCCUCGAACUUCUACUCUUCUGACAGCAGUUGGAGUUCAACCUACGAAGUAACAAUAGCAGCUGUACAUUUUAUUGCCAUUGCUGACAGAAGAGUCGACAAUCUAUUGGGUACCGCCUAUCAUUACUCCGCUCAGCUGUGGAAGAACGUACUUGUGUUGCCUGAUAAAAGAACAGAAGCAAAAGUGUCUUUACUGAAGGAAUAUAACCCAACAGCGAGCAAAGAAGGAGGCGUGGAACUGCUAAGAGAAUCGUCUUCGAACGGCUGUAGCUACAAAGGAUGGCGUCUUGAAGACGAUUGUUGGAAAACCAAAAGUGUUGCUAUCUCACGCAUCCAUUAUUCCGAACGCGGCACGCGCUAUCUUCCUGUUUAUACGCAUACUGACUGGAAUGUAGUCCAAGCAAAGUGGAACAAGUUGAUAAAUCAAGCAAAGAUAUAUAUGUAUGCAGAGCAGGAGAAAAAGCAGAUCACCAGAUAUCCACAAUCAAUCUAUAUUAUCGGAUUCGACGUUAACAACUCCAACACGUUCAUUCGUUGGCUCUUUGCUAGCAAUGGCUUGGCAUACAGCGAAAUGAAAAAGGCUCAUCCCGGGCGAGACUUGCCUGAACGCGUUCCAACGGAAUCGUUUCAAGGAACGGUCUUUUGCGCUGGAAGUCCGACCGUACCACCGCUCACUGACGGCAAUGCAUGUGACCGCUAGAUGAUCUUCUGUUCAGGUGUUCAUUGUGUAGGCUAAGCUACGCAAGAUGAGAAUACAACGGGACAAAACUUUGUCUUACAGUGACUGCUAGCACACGUAAAGCGAUAUGAGUGCACUGUGACUGAAUGCUCUCUGCAAGCAUAGCAAAUUGUCUUUGUUUUUGUUUCAACUUGUCUGCAUGUAUAAGUCUCAGUUUUCUCUGAGUCAAUAAAAAUCAAAACUAAAACAA